AUGCAAUAUGAAAGAGAUUUUGCGACUUUUCUCAAGUAUCGCUCAGAGGAAUUGGUGAAAGGUGGACGUAUGGUAUUAACCAUUCCCGGUAGAGAAAAUGAGUAUCACUUAAGCAAUGUGUGUCGCUUUAUGUUGGAGCCUUUGGCCAUCGCGCUCAAAGACUUGGUUACAAAGGGAUUGAUAGAAGAAGAGAAAGUGAAUUCAUUCAACGUUCCGUUGUAGUGACCAUCUCCUUGCGCAGAAAUAAAGUAUAUAGUUGAGAAGGAGGGAUCUUUCACCAUUGAUCUGUUGAAAACUUUAGAACAUCAAAUGGAUUCUAGUUGUGAAGGUUACAAUGAGGCACAGAGUGUUAGAGCUUUUGCUCAACCUUUUCUUGUUAGGCAUUUUGGUGAUGAUGAUAAAUUGAUGGAUGUUGUGUUUAAUAAGUGUAGUGACAUUUAUGCCAAUAUUAUGGCCAAUGAGAAGAAUAUUUUCACAAAUGUCAUAGUAUCUUUGAUUAAAAGGAACGACUAGUGUAAUACCCUUAGCCCUAUUUAUAUAUAUGUUUGUACUUUUUAA